AUGGACGACUUUGAUGAUUUUGAUGAACUUUUGGACGACAUUCUCGACGACACCACUCGUCAUGAAGAAGAUGACGCAGAAAUAGUGCCUGCGGAAGCCACCGAGGUGGAUGACGAUUCUCUCGAUGCUGCCAUGGCAACGGAACAUGAAGAAGAAGAAGCGGAACAAGUGCUGCCUGAAGUGGAAGCGACUCCUACAAAGAAGGACGACCCAGUGAUUAGCAACAUGGACAUUUCCAAGAACAAGCAAACUCUUGCUGCCACUACCACUACCACUUCUACUCCAGCUACGGUUGCCACUGCCGAGUCUGCAUCUCCCUUGUCUUCUGCUUCGUCUUCUUCACUUUCGACACCACUAAAGACGCCAAAGAUAACAACGACGAAUAAAACUUCUAGCAGUACCCAGCAACGACGAACAACCCCUGUUCCAUUGGCGUCUCGUCUUGCGACCGCUGCCACUCGCACCGAGUCACCAAUGAGAGCAACAACAGCGAUUUCAUCCAAACCCAAGAAAUCUAGCAGGCCAACCUCCACCAGCUCGUCACUGUCGCAUCGUCCGAGCACUAACACAUCAACAACAACCACAACAGCAGCAGCAAGACGAACCAGCACUAAUACUGCUCCGAAGACUGCUACCCGUCCCAAGCCACCACCACCAACGACGACGACGACAACUACUACUGCAAGACCAAAGGCUGUCAAAACUAGUACUCCACCAACGCAUGAUCGUCCACCAUCCAAAACUUACAAACCACGACCAACGACUCGGCCAAUGAAUAUGUCGGUAGCCAAUCGACCCACCAAGGCGUGGUUGGCCAAACAAGGAUUGUUGCCUGCACAAAAACGGCAGGGUGACAACUUGUCAAACUUGAAUACAAAACGACCCAAGUUGCAUCACAAUAAUUCCAACAUUCCCGUCGGUUACAUUCCCAAUCGUCCCACCAAGGCGUGGUUGGCCAAGAUGGCAGCGACCCAAGAACGUCUUGACAAAAAUUCAAAGGAGAAGCCAAUCUUUUCGAGUGGCAUGUUGCAAACGCCCAAUGGACAAACCUUUGUGUACCAACAAGGAGGAGGAAAACGAAGUACCACGAGGACGUCUAAUGGGAUGGCCUUGGGAAUGAAUCCACAACGGCGUCAUUAG